AUCUGAAUUACAGAUUUUAAAUUUGAAACAAAAAAAUGUUUUUUUUCCCCAGAAAUAUUUGUCAUAUAUUUUACCAGACAUUGUAAAUAAUGAUACCCUAAACAAGCCACGGCUUAUUGUAUAUUAGAGAAUUCCAUAAUGGGGGAUGUCUGUAAAACCCAUACCUUCAGGUAUGUACAGUUAUGUUGAUGAGUGUCACCUAUGUCAUCUACAGGAAAUGUAAACCAUAAAACUAUUUCUUAUUUUUCCCUACAAUUUUCAUUCUCAAAAAAGACAUCCGGUAUGUAUUAUUCGAGGAGUUAAUGAUCAUAAUGAUGAUGAUGAUGAACACGCGCUAUUUCUUGAAUAGCUGGACAAUUCCGCUAGGGGGAACGCGUACUUGUGAAUAGAGACUGAAAUAGGGAGGGGGAAUCCCGAACGCAAAUAAAACAGCUCCCGCAACACUGGCACUUCAGCCAGGGCACUACUUUUAACAGAACUGCGCGAAUUUAGGUAAGACAAUCACAAAGAUUUUGCGCACUGGGACACUUUUCUAAACCCGUCUAACAACUGAAGUGAUUCUCGUUUCGGCAUUGUUUUUGGUAGGCUGUUUUAUCGUUCAAGAACAUCACGUUUGAUCCGCUAGUAAAGCUGUGAACCUCUUCAGUUCUGAGGGAGGUCCUCGAUUCAUUCAGGACUAGUGUGGACCCAGCAAACACACAACGUUGUCUUAACGUUGACUGUCUAUAAAUGGAGUCUCACAGACACGGAGUGAGUGGCUCUUCUCCAGACUUCAGUAGAAUACAACAGGGCUACAACAUGCAGCAGCCUAGGCCUGGUCCCAGAGGCAGCCCUCGACCUCACAGCGACAGCAGCAGCAUGUUCGGGGUUAGGGUACAAGUUCAGGGAAUUGAGGGUCUUCCUUACGUUGUGUUGAACGGGGAUAGUAGAGCAGCUCUGCCAUCUGGUGGCCUGGAGAGCUACAGCAGGAACUGGGACCACCAGGAAGUGUUUGUCAAUGCCCACAGCCAGUCUGAGUACACCUUCAUGGUGAAUGAUGGGCGAUCUUCAUUCGGUACUCCCAAUGUGGAGCGAUCUUCAUUCGGUACUCCCAAUGUGGAGCGAUCUUCAUUCGGUACUCCCAAUGUGGAGCGCAGACCUCCCAACCACCAGAGGGAGUAUGCUCGUGGAGGUGCUCUGACUGAGGUUAAGGAAUCACAGAGGAUUCCGCUGGCGUCCGCUGCGUUCAUGUUCGACUUCCAGGAGUCUCAUUUACAGCAGUCACAGAGGACCGUGCCGACAUCUAACACGGUGUUGAACUUCCAGAGACACCCAGAGCUGCUGAAACCCUACAACCCAGACAGGAACAGCCUCAGCCCCCUCCUAGCCUCCACCCGAAGACUCUCUGUUCCGCCCAAUCAGACAGCCUCUGUACCUAGGCUGGGACAUCUCACCACAUCUCUCCAGAGUGGGGCAGAGGCCACCCUGAUCCAGGCAGCAGGGUCUAGACCAGGAGCAGCCAGGAUCCCUCUGCCUGCUGGGGGUGUAGAGAGGGCCCCCACCCCUGUCUCAGCCCCCACCCAGACCCAAUGCCCAGGCCCUGCCCCUGUCUCAGCCCCCACCCAGACCCAAUGCCCAGGCCCUGCCCCUGUCUCGGCCCCAGCGCCCCACCACUCUUUGACCACCUUACUAAGCCCCCCAAACGAGGUCACCAACAUCCCCAGAAGAUCCCCAAACUCAGUGGACACAGAGCCCAUCUCCUCCAUAGGUAGCCUGAUCAACCAGUUCGACAGCCCCCAAAAGAUGGGUCGAGCUGGGCCUAGGAGAGGGAGGAUAGCCCCUGAGGACCGGAGGAGGUCACGUAGCGUGGACAGCAGACAACAGUGUCACUCAUACCCAUUGGACCCCUCCAGCCCUGCCUCGGUCAUCGGAGGGGCCAGGGGAGAGACUCCAGGCGGAUCCACCAGCGCCCCAGGGUCACCUAAGGUGAGAGGGGCCAACGGAUCCUCCACUGUGAUGUUUAAUAAACUACAGUGGGAGGAGAAGGAGCCUAGCGGGAGGUCAUCCAGAGCGGUAAAUGUGCUGUACGGAGUGGAGGAGACCUCCAUGACCAGAUCCAGGUGUCUCAACCACACGGAGGAGGAGUCAGAGAGAGACAAUCAGAUCAUCACUCCAGAUCUUCUGGGAGGUCAGAGGGGUCAGCACGAGGUUUCAAUUGAACCACAACCAAAUGAAGACACCACCAAAAAGAUACUGUUCACUUACCUCAAUGAUGGGACUACUGAUAAAACCUCAAUCACUGAGAAGAAGGUGAACCUGGUGUUUGACAGAAUCAGCCAACUGAAGUGGAAGACUGCAGAGAACGUGGAGGAGGAGAUCAGGGACUAUGCUGCGAAGGCCAAGGAGGCGAAGGAGCUUCAGAUGACAGGAGCAGAGCUGGAGAGAGAGGUGUCACAGCUGAAGACACAGCUGGAGCAUAAGACCAUGAGUGGUUGGAGUCUGGCGGAGGUGUGUUACAAGGCCCAGACAGACAUGAAGACUAUUCAGGAGGAACUGGACAGGAGACAGGAAGAACUCUCUACGCUGCGGGAUAGGCUGGCUCAGAUGGAGGCGGAGCUCGAGGUCGCCAUAGAGGAGCUAGUCCGGGUGAAGACUGAGAGAGAGCAGGGCCGUACAGAGAUGAAGGACCUUCAGCAGCAGCUGUCUGAGAUGCACGAUGAGCUGGACCAGGCUAAGAACACAACACAGGCAGACGGCACAGAGAAACAGCUCCUUCUAACGGACCUGGCCCAGCUUCGGUUGGACUUCCAGGGGCUCAUUCAGGUGCAGGAGGAGCAGGAGGAGGUGCUACACUGGAGGGAGAGGGAGCUGACUGCCCUGAAGGGAGCCCUGAACGAGGAGGUGGAGAGUCAUGACAAGGAGCUGGGCAUUAUGAAGGAGGUGCGCGACAAGGAGGUGCAGAAGCUCCGAGAGGAAGUUGAGGAGGUGAAAGAGAGUAACACAGUGCUGGGCCAGGAGAAGAGGGAGAUGGAGGAGGAGAGAGGGGAGGCACGGGGACAGGUGAAUCAGCUGAUGCAGGAGAGGGAGGAACUGAGGGGACAGGUGGAGGAACUGGAGAGUAGGGUGGAGCAGCUUAACCUCGUCAUCAAGGACUCCAAAACCCUGCAGAGACAGCUGGUGAAAUGCAUAGAGCAACUCAAGAGGGAGAAACAGCAGGUUGAGGAGACUCUAGAGGAGGUGAGGGAGAAUGAAGAGGAGAUGUCCCAGGCAAACAAAGCCCUUCUCGUACGUCUGGAGAAUGUACAGAGUGAGAUGACCCAGCUGAACCACCAGCACAGGGAGAUGAAGGAGAGGCUGAAGGAGGAGACGAGAAGAACAGAGGAGUUGAAGAGGAUGAAGAGUGAUCUGGACGAGGAGAGGAGACUGCAGAACAGCACUGUGGAGGAACUGCAGAAGGAGAUGAGUACUAUAGUAGAGGGCUGUGAGGUGUCCACUGAGAAGCUCCAGCUCCAGGUUGAUGAAGUCAGAGAGAAGAGCCACUCCGCGCUGUCUGAGCUCCAACAACAGCUGCAGGAAAAGGGAGUGGAGUUGGAGAAAUCCCGACAGACUGCCAGAAAACUGCAGGAAGAGCUGCUUCCCCUGGAGCAGGGUCUGGAGCGGGGUCGUAGGGAGUGGGAGGAGGCCCAGCAGAGAGGCAGACAGCUGGAGAGGAAGGUGGAGGAGCUGGAGGAGAGGAAUGCACACACCCACGAGGACCAUGCCCGACAGGUCAAACUCAUGGAGGGUGAGGUGAGCCAUCUGGAGCGUGAUCUGAGUGAGGAGAGGAACAGUGCAGAUCUCCUGAUGGACCGAGUGGACCAAUGGAAACAACAGAUGGAGCUGAUAAGAGUUGAGCUGCUGCAGGAGAGUGCAGUCAAACAGGACCUGGAGUGUGAAAAGAUCACUCUGGAGAGACAGAAUAAGGAUCUGAAGAGCAGGGUGUCUCAUCUAGAGGGCUCCCAGAGGUCCAACCAGGAUGUUGUGGUCUCCAGGCUGGAGGGAAGGGUCCAGGAGCUGGAGGGGAGGCUGGAGGGAGAGGAAAGAGACAACAUCAACCUGCAACAAGCCAACAGGAAACUAGAGAGAAAAGUGAAGGAGAUGACGAUACAGGUGGACGAUGAGCACAUAUCUAUGCAGAACCAGAACGACCAGUUGAACCAGAGGCUGAAGAGUGUGAAGAGACAGAUGGAUGGGGCCGAGGAGGAGAUAGAGCGACUGGAAAACUCUAAGAGGAAGUUACAGAGAGAUCUGGAUGAACGGAUAGAGACCAAUGACCAGGUCCUCAGCCAGCUCAACACCCUGCGCUCAGAGAUGAGGCGUAAGCAACAGAAAUCAGCACCGCUCCAGAUGAUCCUUAAGGGUGUGGAUGAUGUCAACACUGACUGACUGACUUCUAGUACUCCUUGGUGACAUGUUGUAAUGCACUGACUACAGCGUGGUGGGGAAAAAUACAAGCAGUCAAUUCCGAUAUUUCCUGAUAUUUCUCACAAAGGGUUGGUAAAGCACUGUGAGGACUUGGGAAUGAAAAGUACGACAGAAGUUUCUCAUUAACGAAAUUUCACCUGUACAACUCAACUGUGGGCUCACCUGGUGAUUUCAUAACCUUUUGCUCUAGACUGACCUCUAGUGGGUAUUCUAUAACUACAGAGACCUCUAGUGGGUAUUCUAUAACUACAGAGACCUCUAGUGGGUAUUCUAUAACUACAGAGACCUCUAGUGGGUAUUCUAUAACUACAGAGACCUCUAGUGGGUAUGCUAUAACUACAGAGACCUCUAGUGGGUAUUCUAUAACUACAGAGACCUCUAGUGGGUAUUCUAUAACUACAGAGACCUCUAGUGGGUAUUCUAUAACUACAGAGACCUCUAGUGGGUAUUCUAUAACUACAGAGACCUCUAGUGGGUAUUCUAUAACUACAGAGACCUCUAGUGGGUAUUCUAUAACUACAGAGACCUCUAGUGGGUAUUCUAUAACUACAGAGACCUCUAGUGGGUAUUCUAUAACUACAGAGACCUCUAGUGGGUAUUCUAUAACUACAGAGACCUCUAGUGGGUAUGCUAUAACUACAGAGACCUCUAGUGGGUAUUCUAUAACUACAGAGACCUCUAGUGGGUAUUCUAUAACUACAGAGACCUCUAGUGGGUAUGCUAUAACUACAGAGUUCCAUGGAGUUCCAGAAGAAAGAUCACUAAUAAAAAAAGCUAUAUAUAUAUAUUUAUUUUUUUGCUUUUCACCAGAGGCACAACAUUCACAACCCUCACCAGGGGUACAACAUUCACAACCCCCACCAGGGGCACAACAUUCACAACCCCCACCAGGGGUACAACAUUCACAACCCCCACCAGGGGUACAACAUUCACAACCCCCACCAGGGGUGCAACAUUCACAACCCCCACCAGGGGCACAACAUUCACAACCCCACCAGGGGCACAACAUUCACAACCCCCACCAGGGGUACAACAUUCACAACCCCCACCAGGGGCACAACAUUCACAACCCCCACCAGGGGUGCAACAUUCACAACCCCCACCAGGGGCACAACAUUCACAACCCCCACCAGGGGCACAACAUUCACAACCCCCACCAGGGGUACAACAUUCACAACCCCCACCAGGGGCACAACAUUCACAACCCCCACCAGGGGCACAACAUUCACAACCCCCACCAGGGGCACAACAUUCACAACCCCCACCAGGGGCACAACCCCCACAUUCUGAAAUUGCAUUUUUGUCCCCCCCCCACACAGUUGCAUCAUUGGAAUGUGAUACAAAACGAGGCAACUGUGUGCUUUAGGACCAUGCAGACGCAUCCAAGCGGUCGGGCAGGCUGUUUGGAGUGUUUAUCUGACUGGAAGAAAAUAUAUAUAUAUAUUUAAAAAAAUGAUGCCUCCCCCCACUUCUAAAACCAAAGUUGCACCCUUGCUUUUCACUAUCAUAAAACAGUCAAUAAACAUUAUUGUGUGCUCCAUAAUUUUGUAUUUGCAUAAAGUAUUUAACCUAUGAAUAAAUUAGUUAUUUAUUACUAAGUUGUGAGAAAUUAAGAUUUGAAGGAAGGCUUCCUAUCUGCAAAGUUCAAAGGUACAUAUCUUAUACAGUGUGGGACCCUCCCCCAUUUCACACUUUAUGCAUGCAAUCCACCCCCAUUGUUAGGAACCUCUCCUCAUCUUUACUCUACCUGUAGCCAUGCCAACGGAAUCAGGGGUAGGAGUAAACUACUUGUAACUCACAACUUGCUGAUGUCGUUCAUCUACACAAUGGUAUUAUUUCUGUGGAAUAUUGUCUAAACCUGCCGUUUUGAUAACAAACUGCGACUAAUAAACUUGAGCAUGUGUAACUG